AUGAAAAAUGAAUUAAGAAUAUUAUAUAAACAAAUACGAAAAGAUAUAAAGAUAUAACCUGAAUUAUAUGUUCAAUAAUUGAAAAACAUUAUCAAACCAGAAUCAUCUAUUUCUAUUUAUUACCCUUUACUCAAUGAAUUAAAUAUUUUAAGUAUUUUGCCUUAUUUGAAUACAAAUAAAAUUUUAUUGCCGAUAUUAUAAAAAGAAACAGAACCAUUAUUAUUUUCAAUUUUCAUAUAGAAUAAAACUGAAUUAUAAUUGAAUAAAUUUAAAAUAUUAGAACCAAUACAAAAAAACUAUGAAAUCCCAUAAUUUUGUAUUGUAAACAUAAUUAAUUAAUUAAGGUACCUUUGUUAUGCUUUGAUCCUUAAAAUAAACAUAGAAUAGGUUAUGGUGGAGGAUAUUACGAUAGAACCAUAUAAUACUAUAGAUCUUAAAACUAUAAUACUAAAUUUAUAGGAUUUGGACAUGAAUUGCUAAAAGUUAAUAACAUUCCUUACACAAAUAAUGAUUAAUAAUUAGAUUUCAUUAUAACUGAUUAAAAAAUAUAUUAUUGA